UCAAUCACCACGCAAGGUAUUUGUGUUUUGUAUCGUCUCCAUCUCAAACAGCACUGUGUGUGGUGUCAGACACGACUAUAACCCAGCAGGAAAGUUUGACAUCCCAUCAGAAUGUCAGAUACAGAGACACAGAACACUCCUGGUUACGAUGCGUCCUCUCCACCACAGUUAUACUCCUACCAAGGACAGCAACCUCCACCCUACUCUGCCGCCCCGGCAAUGUACACUCCACCCAAAAUAGAUGCAACAUACGCACAUCAGCCUACCACUGGGUACGAGUCUUUCCGAGACAUCAUCCCAGAGGCCUCGUCGGACACAACUCCCCUGAUAGCCUCAUCUUCUUUUAAUGACAAGACAGUGAGAAGAGCGUUUGUUAGAAAGGUGUUCAGCAUCCUGACUCUCCAGCUGCUGUUCACCUUCGGCGUGGUGUGUGUGUUCACCUUCUCGAGUGUGAUCAAAGAAGCGGUGCAAGCCAACAUGGGGGUCUACCUCAGCUCCGUCAUCAUCUUCUUCGUGGUCGCCACCGCCCUCAGCUUCUGCAAGUCCUUCAGUCGCCGUCACCCUUGGAACAUCGUGGGACUGGCUGUUGUCACCCUGAGCUUGUCAUACAUGGUGGGAACCACCGCCUCCUUCUACAACACCACGGCUGUGGUUAUCACCAUGGGAUCCACGCUGGCCAUCUCUGUCGCAAUCAUUGCAUUCUCUGCACAGGUCAGACAGCAAGGCUGAGCCAAACAGCUGCAUUUCUAAAUGCUUCCUGUACACAGACAUCAUGUUCAGCUUGUUUUAAGCGAAGCUAUGUGCAGACUUUUCAGUUGCCUUAUGUAUCAGUUUUGACGUCAUAGCUCUCAACUGUUUCUUGUAAAGAAAAUCCAUAUUUGACUUUAGGAUGAUAUGUGUUGCAAGUGCUAGAAAAUAUAUGAAGAGGCGGACUGUUAAAGUAGAGCUGAAACAAUUAGUUGAUUGAAAAAUAAAAAGUCAGAGAUGAUUAGAAUAAGAGUAAGAGAAUUAGAAAACGAAACAAACAAUAUAAAAUUAUAAAUAUGGGUUGUAAAAAAUAUUAAAAUGCCUAGGUGUACAGUAUAUUGUAGGUGGGAUGUGUAAUUUUUUCAGAAUAUAUAAAAAAACUUGGUUUUAUGAAUGCAUUCUUAUUUAUAUUGAUCAACAUAUCAUGUAUGGUCUGUAAUAUAUGUUUGCUUUAUU